UGUAGUUAUUUACAUCCGGAACAGGAGCCGCUGUCCUGAAGCAGACAGCUACAGUGACAUGGCCUCGCAGCUGAGCCGGGUUUGGUCGGGUUUGUGCCGGGUUCGGAUAAAUUCGGCCCAUUUGCGGCGCUCGGUGUCUCAGAGCAGAACUUCCGGCGCCGCCGGAGCCGCGAGCGUGACGGAUUUACAGCCGACGGCGGCGGCGCGCGCGGACGACAGCCACGGACACGCAGAGGUCAACCCGUUCGACAAGAACCCAGACUACCAUGGCUUCUCGGACGACCCGUUCGUAGACGAGUGGAACAUGAGGAUGGCUUUUUUCUUCGGCAUUUCCAUGGCCAUCGUCGUAGGAGGAACGUUCAUCCAUUAUUUACCGGAUCACGGAAUGAGGCAGUGGGCGCGACGGGAAGCCGAGCGGCUCAUCGUACUGAGAGAGGCGGAGGGUCUGCCUCUGAUCGACGAGAACUACUACGACCCGAGCAAGAUCGUCCUCCCUUCAUCCUCAGACGAGUAGCUCACUGUCACCGCUCAGUUUCCUGUUCAUUUGUGUUCGACUGUACAUUAACUUCUAGUAAAAUAUCACAAUAAAACCUUAUGUUAAUA